CCGCAUUUGGCAAGUUUUUGGCUGCUUCUUCUUCCCGCGCUCGUGGUUGUCGUCUCAACCCUCCUCAGCCUCGAUGAACGGGAGCCAGCUGGUUGCGCUGGCCAUUCUGGCCGCAUACUUUGGAAUCAUACUUUUGGUCUUUGGAGCGAUUGUCGCGCAGAUCAGGAGCUUCAAGGCCUCAUGGAACCGGCGUGCGUCUGCUUUUGUCACAUUGACUGCGUUGUCAUUUGGCUAUACAUGGUAUUACAUGAUCAAGUUCAUGAAGUGGAGCUAUAACGACUAUGCCACACGAACUGGUGUCCUCUAUUCGGACAUAUCGCCGCUGCAACGCGUGGCUGACUGGCUAGUUGAGACAUCACUCUUCGAGCAGGCCUGGAUGGCUGUGAGCUUCGGCUAUCCCUUGCGGUGGUGGAUUUCGGAGCAGCUGUGUAUAUUUACUGCGGGGGCGUGGACCAUACUUAUGGCCACCGAAGGACCUCGCCGUCAGCUGCGAUAUGUAUGGCUGUACAUGCUCCUGGGCCAGAUUGUCGCCAUAUCCGUCGCGUGCAACCUCUUCUUCGCACUUCUCUCUGUCACAGAGCCGAAGCGAGGAGCUCGUCUUUACGCGCGGCCCACACUUUGGUUAUCCGUGCUAGCCUCCCUCGUUACGGUUGCCAUCUCGCCCUACACUGACGAGACGACAUUCUUGCCCAAUCUCCUCGUUAUGCACGUCCUUUUGAUCAUCCCACUUGCGACUCACUCGGUUACCUCUGUGAAAGACGCGGACCGCUCUUGCCUCAGCAUCGACAAUCUCUACACAUUGGUCAUGCUCUCGGGUUUCCUGCUUCGCGUGCGCACGACGCUGGACACAGUCUACACGAUGCUCGCCGAGGUCCCCGCGUUCUCUGUCCUCGACUUCGCGCACGCGGCGUGGGUAACACUUCAUUGGCACCCCGCUCAGGCCUCGAUCGGGUGGGACGUUAUCUGGACGACGAUUUCCUUCGUGUUUUGGAUCGCCCUGCGCCCAGGCGCCGAUUCCGAUGAGCCAAAAGCCAGAGAUCUCGCGUACCUUGCACUGGCGACGCCCAUUGCAUCCGCGGGUGUCACAGCUCCCCACGUACUGCGACGCCGUCACGAGGAUGAGGGUCGAGAGAAGUCGGACUAGAGGGGGGACCGACAUGGGACUCGUGAUCAAGACGGGGCGCUACCGGUGAGCCAAGUUCAUUCUCGCGUGUGUUCUUACGUGAAUUUCUGACCGUCUGUACCUGAGUCUCGUUAACAGGAGUAUGUUAGGUUGUAUGGAUACAAAUCACAUCUCAUGCUGUCGGCUUCCUGCACCUCGCUAUCUCGUUGUGAGCCUCUUGAGUACGUUGCCC